GCAGCAGCAGCAGCAGCAGCAGCAGCGGCGGCGGUGGCAAUAGCUGACGCUAGGUUCAUCUCCCAGCACCAUGUCCCAGCUGUACACAGGACUGAAGUGAGGGGCGGGGUGUGGACCCUGCCCAGGGCAGCAUGACCAAGCCUCGGCUCUUCCGGCUAUGGCUGGUACUGGGGUCGGCCCUCAUGAUUCUUUUGAUCAUUGUUUAUUGGGACAACGUGGGCACCGCCCACUUCUAUCUGCACACGUCCUUAUCCAGACCACACAUCUUGGAGUCCCUGCCCACCCCAGGACUGGGUGGUGAGAAUGUGUUCACUUCCGAUGUGGACGAGUUUCUGGACACACUACUUAGUUCCGAUGCAAAACAGAAGGACCAUUCCAGAAGAAAAACUGAGCAGCCCCCAGUGCUCACCCCCAGCAAGCCGGUCCUGGACCACAUGGAGGAGAAUGUGAGAGGCUACGACUGGUCCACCCAUGAUGCCCAGCAGAACCCAGACCGGGACCGGCAGCAGGCUGAGAGGAGGAGCCUGCUGAGAGACUUCUGUGCCAACGCCAGCCUGGCAUUCCCCACCAAGGACCGCUCUUUUGAUGACAUCCCCAACUAUGAACUCAACCACCUGAUCGUGGACGAUCGCCACGGGGUCAUCUACUGCUACGUGCCCAAGGUAGCCUGUACCAACUGGAAGCGAGUGAUGAUCGUGUUGAGCGAGAGCCUGCUGGACCGGGGCAGCCCCUACCGAGACCCCCUGGACAUCCCCCGGGAGCAUGUGCACAACACCAGCACGCACCUGACUUUCAACAAGUUCUGGCGCCGCUACGGGAAGUUCUCGCGACACCUCAUGAAGGUCAAGCUGAAGAAGUACACCAAGUUCCUGUUCGUGCGCGACCCCUUCGUGCGCCUCAUCUCGGCCUUCCGCAGCAAGUUCGAGCUGGAGAACGAGGAAUUCUACCGCAAGUUCGCGGUGCCCAUGCUCCGGCUGUAUGCCAACCACACCAGCCUGCCCGCCUCGGUGAGCGAGGCCUUCAGCGCCGGUCUCAAAGUCUCCUUCGCCAACUUCAUCCAGUACCUGCUGGACCCCCACACCGAGAAGCUGGCGCCCUUCAACGAGCACUGGCGACAGGUGUACCGCCUCUGCCACCCGUGCCAGAUAGACUAUGACUUCGUGGGGAAGCUGGAGACCCUGGAUGAGGAUGCUGCCCAACUCCUGAGGUCCCUCAAAGUGGACUCCCAGCUCCACUUCCCCCCGAGUUACCGGAACAGGACGGCCAGCAGCUGGGAGGAGGAUUGGUUUGCCAACAUCCCCCUGGCCUGGAGGCAGCAGCUCUAUAAACUCUACGAAGCUGACUUUGUUCUCUUUGGCUAUCCCAAGCCAGAAAACCUGCUCAGAGACUGAGUUCCCCAGCACCAAAUAAGCACCCACGCUAUCCCAUUAAACUGAAUGACUGUCCUAAUGUGGGGGUCCUUUGAGGAUGGGGUCUCUCCUGGCUUCCUUGGCCUUCUGGUGUGACAGGCGGAGGGUGCCACACCUUUCUCAACAGGAGACCAUAGAACAGUCAAGACCCUACCACCUCACACUCCAGGGUUUUGCACACCCCACCCUUUUGCAGUCUGGAUUUGUUUAUUCCGCAGCCUGUGUUCAUGGGACACUGUUAAUACUGUUUUCUAAGAUUAAUAUAUUUCAGAUAUAUUUAAUACGAAAGUGGGAGAGAGCUGGAGUAAAGCGUGGCGCCCG